AUGGGCUCGGCUAUGGGAGCCGCGGCCGGCGGCCGGUCCUGAGCCGCUCCUCAGCCGCUCCUCCGGCCCCAAGGAGGCCCGGGGAGCCGAGCCCCUCACCCCGGCCCGGCCGAGCCCUGCCCCGCCCCGGCCGGGCCGCCCGGCGGGCGGAAGAUGCUGCGCACCGGGGACCGGUAGUACUAUGAUUUGGUAUGUGGCCGCUUUGGUAGCAAGUGUGCUCGGUGCCCGCGGGCUGCCCGUGCAAGGUGCCCUCGGCUCAAGGGAAGAGCCCGAGUUCGUGACCGCUCGCGCUGGCGAGAGCGUGAUCCUGGGAUGCGACGUGAUCCACCCGCUCACGGGGCAGCCCCCUCCCUAUGUCGUGGAGUGGUUCAAGUUCGGCGUCCCCAUCCCCAUCUUCAUCAAGUUUGGGUUUUACCCUCCCCAUGUGGACCCGGAAUAUGCUGGCCGGGCCAGCCUGCACGACAAAGCCUCCCUGCGCAUUGAGCAGGUCCGCUCCGAGGACCAGGGCUGGUACGAGUGCAAAGUGCUCAUGUUGGACCAGCAGUACGACACCUUCCACAACGGCAGCUGGGUCCACCUCACGGUCAAUGCUCCCCCCACCUUCACGGAGACACCGCCGCAGUACGUAGAGGCGAAGGAAGGCAGCAGCGUCACCUUGACCUGCAUGGCGUUCGGGAACCCCAAGCCCAUCGUCACCUGGCUGAGAGAAGGAGACCUUUUGGGUGCUAAUGGCAAGUACCAGGUGAGCGACGGGAGCCUUACGGUGCUCUCUGUGAGCCGGGAGGACCGGGGUGCCUAUACCUGCCGGGCAUACAGCAUCCAGGGGGAAGCUGUGCACACAACGCGCCUGCUCGUUCAAGGACCUCCAUUUAUUGUUUCCCCUCCGGAGAACAUCACGGUCAACAUCUCCCAGGAUGCUCUCUUCACCUGCCAAGCCGAGGCGUAUCCUGGGAACCUCACCUACCUGUGGUACUGGGAGGAGGAGAACGUCUACUUCAAGAAUGACCUGAAGCUGAGGGUGCGGAUCCUGAUCGAUGGGACGCUCAUCAUUUUCCGUGUCAAGCCAGAGGAUGCUGGAAAAUACACCUGUAUCCCCAGUAACAGCCUGGGCCGCUCGCCAUCGGCCUCUGCCUACCUGACGGUGCAGUAUCCUGCCCGUGUGGUGAACAUGCCCCCUGUCAUCUACAUCCCCAUUGGGAUACAUGGAUACAUCCGCUGCCCGGUGGAGGCAGAGCCCCCGGUCACGCUGGUCAAGUGGAACAAAGACGGACGUCCCCUGCGGAUCGAGAAGUAUUCCGGCUGGAACCUGCUGGAAGACGGGUCGAUCCGGAUCGAGGAGGCAACUGAAGAUGCUCUCGGCACUUACACCUGUGUGCCUUAUAACGCCCUGGGUACGAUGGGCCAGUCUCCCCCUGCCCGACUGGUACUGAAGGACCCCCCCUAUUUCACGGUGCUACCAGGCUGGGAGUACAGACAGGAGGCAGGGAGGGAGCUGUUGAUUCCUUGUGCUGCUGCCGGAGACCCCUUUCCCAUCAUCGCCUGGAGAAAGGUCCUCUCGCAAGCGGGGGAACCGGCUGCCCUGCCACGACCGGAGAGACCAGCUCCCUUGCCGGUGGCCGGCGGUGUCCCCUGGGCCACGCAGGUAGGGAAGCCCAGCAGGAGCAAGCACAACACACUGCCCGGUGGCACCCUGCAGAUCCGCUCCCUCGGCAAGGAUGACCACGGCGAGUGGGAAUGCGUCGCCACCAACAUCGUCGCAAGCAUUACUGCCAGCACCCACCUCACUGUUGUAGGCACAAGCCCUCAUGCCCCAACCAGCGUGCAUGUGGUGGUGGCCAUGACCUCAGCCAACGUCUCCUGGGAGCCCGGCUACGACGGUGGAUACGAGCAGACAUUCUCAGUUUGGUACGGCCCUCUGAUGAAGAGAGCCCAGUUUGGCCCCCACGACUGGCUCUCUCUCCCUGUGCCAGCUGGUUCCAGUUGGCUACUGGUGGAUACUUUGGAACCGGAGACUGCGUAUCAGUUCAGUGUCUUGGCUCAAAACAAGCUGGGUACCAGCUCCUUCAGUGAGGUGGUCACUGUGAACACUCUAGCAUUCCCUGUAACAACUCCAGAGCCUCUGGUGUUGGUUACCCCACCGAGGUGCCUAACAGCCAACCGCACACAGCAAGGCGUCCUCUUGUCAUGGCUUCCUCCUGCUAACCACAGCUUCCCCAUCGACCGCUACAUCAUGGAAUUCCGCGUCGCGGAGAGGUGGGAGAUCUUGGAUGAUGGUAUCCUGGGCACCGAGAACGAGUUCUUUGCCAAGGACUUGUCCCAGGAUACCUGGUACGAGUUCCGUGUCCUGGCGGUCAUGCAGGAUCUCAUCAGUGAACCCAGCAACGUUGCUGGUGUCUCCAGUACAGACGUAUUCCCUCAGCCUGACCUGACGGAUGAAGGUCUAGCCCGCCCGGUGCUGGCUGGCAUCGUUGCCACCAUCUGCUUCCUGGCUGCUGCCAUCCUCUUCAGCACACUCGCCGCCUGCUUCGUCAACAAGCAACGCAAACGCAAGCUCAAGCGCAAGAAAGACCCUCCUCUCUCGAUAACCCACUGCAGGAAGAGUUUGGAGUCCCCGUUGUCUUCCGGCAAGGUGAGUCCCGAGAGCAUCCGCACGCUCCGUCCCCCUUCGGAGUCCUCUGACGACCAGGGCCCGCAGGCCAAGCGGAUGCUGAGCCCCACCAAGGAGAAGGAGCUUUCCCUUUACAAGAAGACCAAGCGAGCCAUCAGCAGCAAGAAGUACAGCGUCUCCAAGGCGGAGGCCGAAGCCGAGGCCACCACCCCCAUCGAGCUCAUCAGCCGCGGGCCGGACGGCCGCUUCGUCAUGGACCCAUCGGAGAUGGAGCCCUCCUUGAAGACGCGGCGCAUCGAGGGCUUCCCCUUCGUGGAGGAGACGGACAUGUACCCCGAGUUCAGGCAGUCGGACGAGGAGAACGACGACCCCGUCGUCCCCACCUCCGUCAGCGCCCUGAAAACCCAGCUCACCCCUCUGUCCUCCAGCCAGGAGUCCUACCUUCAGCCACCAGCAUACAGCCCCCGGUUCCACCGGGCGCUGGAGGGGCCCGGCGCCCUGCAGCCCACCGGCCAGGCUCGCCCACCAGCCCCACGGGCUUUCCACCACCAGUUUUACGGUUACCUCAGCAGCAGCAGCCCCGGGGAGGUGGACCCACCACCCUUCUACAUGCCAGAAGUCAGCCCAUUGAGCUCGGUCAUGUCCUCCCCACCGCUGCCCCCCGAGGGGCCCUUCGGACACCCCACCAUCCCCGAGGAGAACGGCGAGAACGCCUCCAACAGCACGCUGCCCCUGGCCCAGACACCUACGGGGGGCCGGUCCCCUGAGUCGUGGGGCAGGGCUGAGUUCCCCUUUGGCAGCCUGGAGCUGGCCCCUGCGCCGUUCCCCCCCCAGCUCCAGCCCUGCGAGGGGGGCGAGGGCACCCAGCCCACCGGUUGCCUUCCUCGGGGGCCACCCCCUUCCUCCCUUCAGGUGGUCCCCGCAUCCUACCCGGGCAUCUUGCCCUUGGAGGCACCAAAGAGCUGGACCGGCAAGUCACCCGGCAGGGGACAGCCUUCUGUGCCCACCACCACCACCAAGUGGCAGGACAAACCUAUGCAACCCAUGGGAUGUCAAGGGCAGCUAAGACAUACCAGCCAAGGUAUGGGCAUACCCGUGUUGCCUUACCACGAACCGUCCGAGCCCGGCGUUCCCAGCGGCACAAGCACAUUCAGCCUGGAUACCAGGUGGUACGAGCCCCAACCCCGACCUCGGCCAAGCCCUCGGCAGGUCAGGAGGGCCGAGCCCAGUUUACAUCAGGUGGUGCUACAACCUUCGAGGCUUUCUCCUCUGACCCAAAGCCCCCUCAGCUCCAGGAACAGCUCCCCGGAGCUGACCGCCCGUGCCCGGCCCCGGCCGGGUCUCAUCCAGCAGGCUGAGGUGUCGGAGAUCACCCUGCAGCCCCCCACGGCCGUGAGCUUCUCCCGCAAGUCCACACCAUCAUCAACGGGAUCCCCGGCUCCCAGCAGCCGGGGCGACAGCCCCAGCUUCCGACCCACCACCGCCUUCACCUCCCUGGCCACCGCCGGCUACUCCGCUUCCCAAGGCUCCUCCUUGCCCGUGGAUACCAUGGAUGUUUUCGGAGACAUCCCUUCUCCAAGGAGGGCCGACGAGGAGAUCCUCCAACCGGAGCCGACAUCCACCACGGUAGCUGCCACGGGAAACUGUCCAUCUCCGCCCAGGGACGCUGCUGCACCUGAGAGGCUUGAAGCUCUGAAAUACCAGCGGAUAAAGAAGCCCAAAAAGUCAUCCAAGGGCUCCUCGAAAUCCAGAAAACAAUCCAACGGCUCUGCCUCCCAGGUUCAGCACCUUCCCAACUCUCAGGUACUGUGGCCUGACGAAGCUGUCUGCCUCCGCAAGAAGAAGAGACACCCUCGUCAGGACCCCUUCGCCCGCCUCUCGGCGCUGAAGGACGACCUCUGCCACCGGCAGCUCCCUGAAGACCAGACAGCCAUCCUCAACAGCGUGGACCACGAUGACACCAGCGGCCACGCCACCUUGCUUUAACCUAGCACUGGCCCCAUGUGCUUAAACAGGAUGGGGUGGAGGGAGCCAACAUCGCGCCGCCGGGGGAUGGAGG